GAUAUUUUAGUUUGUGUGCUCCGCGAGUGACCGCAGGGAGGUGAAGCACAGCAGUAUUUACCCCUCCUCCAGCUCCCAUUACUCCAGCCUUCACACAGCGAGGGGCUUUAAACCACAUUUGAUCGACAGAAGGGGUUUUUGUUUUGUGUUUCUCUACUUUAAAAAAAAGGAGAAAGUGGUCAUGAGAUGCGAUUAACUUCUGGCGAAGGAAAAAAGCAAGAACUUCACGAGACCUGUUGGCGAUGAUGAAUUACUCAAAGGCGCAAAUGUCCAACCUAUCAGAGGUUGGAAGUUCAGCUGGGUGUUCACAGUCCUGUCCAGUCGGCGUGAAGCUGGAGGUGGUGAUGGAGCAUCUGCAGAAGCAACAAGAAGCAAAGCUGGAGAUGAGCCUGCAGGAGAAGCAGCUUCUUCACGCUCAGCUCCUGUUUGCUCAACAAGCUGCCGCAGCAAGAGCCUCGUUUUCAAGACCAGACACUACAUUGUUUGAAAGAGUAGAUGGACAGAGCAAUCCAGCACUCCAGCAGGCCUUGAAUAAUCAUCUGAGCGGAGUGGAUCCAGAGGCAGAGGAGGAUGGAAACUCAGAAGAUGAGGAACAGGAGAUGUUGACCUCUCAGGAGAACAAUGAGGAGGAAGACAUGGGCGAGGAAGAGGAGGAGGAGAACAAUUCUCAUCAACAGGCGAAGAAGCCCCGACUCCAGCAUGUAUCGCAUUUUCCCUUCCAGCCUUAUUCUACAUCUCCAUCAGUGGCUGUGAAGCAAACGUCUGAAUCUCCACCUUCAGGAAAAAAACAAGAGCACAUGGAAAAGAAUCUGACGUCACCGGCAGGUCAUCAUGCCUUCACGUCAGCGAAUGGCUUUGCUGACUGGGGCUUUGAUGAGUCCGUGAAACGGAGAGGAAGUGCCAUGUGGGCCGAGGAGACUGACGGCGUUAAAAUAAGAGGAGAACCAUCUCGGGACUUUGCCAAGCUUUAUGAACUGGAUAAUGACCCACAACGGAAGGAGUUUCUCGACGAACUCUUUGUCUUUAUGCAGAAACGAGGAACUCCUGUGAAUCGCAUCCCCAUCAUGGCAAAACAGGUGCUGGACUUGUACAAGCUUUACAAGCUUGUGACAGAGAAAGGAGGCCUGGUGGAGGUUAUUAACAAGAAGAUAUGGAGGGAGAUCACCAAAGGCCUCAGUCUCCCCACAUCAAUCACCAGUGCGGCCUUCACCUUACGCACCCAGUAUAUGAAGUAUCUGUAUCCUUUUGAGUGCGAGAAGAAAGGCCUGAGCUCUCCGGGUGAGCUACAGGCGGCCAUCGAUAGCAACCGCAGAGAAGGCCGGCGUCCCAGCUACACCAGUAGUCUGUACCGCUACUCCCCCUCCCCAGGCUCUGCUCCACAUGCACUCCUGUCUUCACCCAAUAUGCAGAGCGCUCCGACCGCGCACAAUGGCCGCAAUACCUCCGCUAGUCCGCAUUUAAAGAGAAGCAUAGAUGAGUCCCCCACCCCUGUUGUACCCCAGCUGCCCAUGGCUCUGGCACUGGGGCAGCAACAGCAGCAGCUGGCACAAGCUGCCACAUUUGAGCAUCUGAGAGAGAGGUUGGAGCAAGGAGCAGGUGGAGCUGUAGCUGACAGCCCAGAGAAGAAAAUGAUGCGCCUCGCUGAGGAGCAGCAGCGCCUCAUGCAGCAGGCACUCCAACAAAACCUCCUGGCUAUGGCCUCUCACUUUACCCCCAUGAACCUCAAACUUGGCAACGAAAGCAAACACGAUCUGUCGCUGAAUCUCUCCACUAAUGGAGCGGCCAGUAUCAGCGUGUCUGUGGAGGUCAACGGCACUGUUUACUCAGGAAAACUGUUUGCCCAGAAGUCGGCUGCUUCUGUGUCGUCACAGAAUGUAACUCCAGCAGGAACAAGUGGUUUCAGCGCUUUUUCCUCCGCACAAAGUUCCACCGCCUCAUCUCCCACCUCCUCAAAGGGACCAAAUUAAAAUCACUGGCUUUUUAAUCUGUCCGAAGCAUAAUGAUUACACAGUGCACCACACCAUUCACUUCUCUUGUCAGACAAGAACUGGAUGAACUCCACGGAUUCUCUGCCACAACACAGGAAACCUUCUAUUACUUUAAUAGUGUAAUGUCAACAUUUUUGACCUCUGUCCUCAAGCUUAUUUUAAUAUAGUUUCAGUUUACCUUAGUGCCUGUUAGAAGAAGACUUUUCAAACAUGGUAGCUUUCUGGUAUGAAGGGCUGCAGGUUUGUCCGGAAGUAUCGUUAAUGCAAAAUAAUUGCUGCAACUCUUUGAACGUCAGCUACGUUUGUAGGUGUGAAAGCUGUUCCGUAGCUGCCUUUUCCAUCAGUACAACAGUGUGCUUGCCAAAGAGCAGCUAGUGAAGACCAAAAAGCCUUAGUUCAGUGUCAUAGCUGCUUGAAGCCAUUUUGUAUUCCUCUUGGUAAGCUUUCAGUUUACCUUGAGCAAAAGUUUUUACUUUGUGUAACUGCUUUCAUGGAAAAUGUAGGGCAUCAGUUUCCACAGAAAUAUCGCAACUCCUAAAGAAUUUCAGGGAAGAUGUUUAUUCAUUUUUGCUUUAUUGUUAUUUAUUAAUUUGGCGAGGCCUCAAAAUGACAGAACAUUUAUUUCAAGUAACUCAGAGGCGAUGUUUCUGCUGGGAAAGUGACACAUUUACCUCAGUUGACUUCCCAUGGUGGCAAGUUUCUCAGGCUACUUUCUUCUGGACUCAGGAAUAUCCUCUGGACUCACUGUUAUCUUAUAUGUAUGUCUUGUCAUGUUGCUGUUUUAUAUUAGUGUAAAUGCAGAGAAUGUAUCAUUAAUGACCUCAACGUGAACACUGAAACGGUGCUACCUCAGUCCUCAGAGAAAUAUGCAGUGCUUAAUGCCGCAUGUGUUCAUUUGUUGAAAUAAACUGUAAAUGGACAAUCACGUACACACAUGAUCGCAAACAAAUGCCACUGGGGAAAAUUUUUUUUUUUAAAAAAGGGUUGGCUUUCAGCUCUGUUGGAUUAACAUGUUUCCUGUAAAUGUAGGGAUGAGGAAUAAAAUAAAUCUUCUGUGCUGUAAAAA